GGUAAACGGGGUGUUAGCUGCGGCAAGUCGUUUGCAACGCCGCGUUAUUGUUGUUGUGUUUUAAGUGAUUGGUGAAAAAAUUUCCAUGGAUAAAGUUAUUGGAUGCGAAAAUCUAUAGUGCUUAACAAAAUUUUCUGUAAAAAAUUCAAUUUUCGUGAAUUAGAAGUAACUUUUCAAACCGCCUGCUGUUACUGUCGGCGGCUGUGUUCUAACCCACUAACAGCACUAGAGCAGACAACAAUUAAUAUUUUUAGCUCUCAGGACCAGUAAACAUAUGUACAUCCAUAGUGUUUAGGAGCGAGUAUUAUAAAUAAAAACAACAGCAAAUUGUUGGAUACGAAAGGUAUUUUUUGUGGAUUUAUUAUCUGGCUUAAAUAAAAUAAACGCAAAACUGGCGGACGAACAAGCAGAAAGCGCCAACAAGAUGAGUUGGGGAACGCAACUUUGGGAUCAGUAUGAAAAUAUAUCGUCACAGACGAACAAAGGCAUAGAAUUCCUUGAAAAAUAUUGCAGUUUCAUACAAGAUCGUCUGGCGAUAGAAAAAGAAUAUGCAACCAAAUUGCGACGCUUGGCGAAGAGCUACCAGCCCAAAAAGCGGGAGGAGGAAGACAACGAAUUUUCAUCCUGCCAAGCUUUUCGCAAUGUGCUGAAAGAAAUCAACGACUUAGCGGGCCAGCGCGAAGUAGUCGCCGAAUCACUGGAGCAACGCAUCGUGCAAGGCAUACAAGUGCUCUCCAAAGCGUUACGAGAUGAACGAAAGCGAUGUCUCAAUGAAGGCACAUCCCUACAACAGACCCUCACCGCACAGUUGGGCGCACUCGAUCGUGCCAAACGCAACUACGAGAAGGCUUUCCGCGAGUCGGAAAAAGCCGUGGAGAAUCACAAGAAAGCCGAUAUGGAUCUGAAUUUGAGUCGAGCCGAAGUGGAACGCUAUAAGAAUAUAAUGACAGCGAAAAUACAACAAUCGGACGAUGCGAAAAACGAAUAUGCCAAUCAACUGCAGAAGACAAACAAUUUACAAAGGCAACACUACGGUGUCGCAUUGCCAACGGUCUUCAAUCGCCUACAGGAGCUGGAUGAGAAGCGCACAGGCGGCAUACGUGAAUUCAUCAUUGGCACAGCAGAGGUCGAAUCAGCGGUGGCGCCCAUCAUUGCACGGUGUAUGGAGGGCAUUGUCAAAGCGGGCGAGUCAAUAAACGAAAAGGAAGACUCCUUCAAAGUCAUAGAAAGAUAUCAAUCGGGCUUCACACCACCAACCGACAUACCUUUCGAUGAUUUGUCGAAACAGAAUCCCGAUUCACCGCUAGAUUCCCGUGUGCUUUCAAACCAUUUCACCGUCAAGGGCACCAUUAGCAAAGGCGUUAAGAAGCGCACAGCGAUCUUCAGCUUCUUCGGUAGCAAUAAGCCACAGAAGAUUUAUGAAGCCUGUAUCACCAUGAAGAACUCCCUAACGGCGGACGGCCAAAAGGAAGAUUUCAGCGAUUUACCACCGAGUCAACGGCGCAAGAAGCUACAAGCUAAAAUUGCCGAACUGCAGCAUAAACUCAAUCAAGAGGUGGCCACACGUGAUGGUCUCAUGAAAAUGAAGAUGGUCUAUGAGUCGAACUCAUCGUUGGGCAAUCCGAUGACAGUCGAAGGACAGCUGAAUGAGUCCGAGCACAAAAUGGAAAAGUUACGCAUGGAUUUGAAGAAGUUCCAAGGCUAUUUGGAGAGUGCGAAUCAAAUGCCGCUGGCCAGUAAUAGUCCGCAAGCGAGUCGCAUACUCAUGCAGAAUGGACACCGAACAUCGAGACAUUCCAAUGGCAGUGCCGAAGAUCACAACGAUGAUGGCGACGAUCAUGCCGAUGACGGUGGCAGCUUAAGCAGGUCAGGUUCUGAGGAUAAUGUGGCGCAAAUACAAAAUGGGCAUAAUAAUAACAAUAACGGCAGUUCGGCUAGUCCCGAAAGCGGUUUGGGUACGUCGCACACCUCACUGCCGGGUUCAGGACAGGGUAGUGCGAACGAGAACGCCAUCGGCGAGGACGACUACGAUGGAGCGGAGAUCGAGGUGCUGCAGCCACUGGGCACGUGUCGAGCGCUCUACCCCUUCGAAGCGACCAGCGAAGGCAGCAUACCGAUGAUUGAGGGCGAAGAACUGCAAGUCAUUGAGAUCGAUCAGGGCGACGGUUGGACGCGCGUGCGCCGUGCCAACGCCGCGAACGGCUGGGAUGAGGGAUUUGUGCCGACUAGUUAUAUUGAAUGUACACUGUAUGCAUAAGUCGUUUAUAUAAUUGUUUAAAGAUCAACUUUUUUUUUAAUUAAUUAUUUUUUAAUUAUUAAUACUUAAUUAAUUUGCCUUAAUUUAAGUACGAAAAGAGUUGAUUUAGUUAGUUUGUUAUUACUUAAUGUUGAAAUUUGGCACUUUUAGUUUUGUGUUUUUCAUUUUUAAUUUUUAUUUUUUGAAAAUUUCCACUCCUUGAAUUAUUGGCGAGUUCUGAUUUGCUGUUUCUAAUGUAUAAAUAUGCUCUGUGUAAAAAAAGUGACUUACUAACCGAA